CAUAGUAUAUAUUUCUCCACAAUCAUGUAACAUUAUUAUUACAAUAACCAAAAGUCGAAAUGGAUAAGUAAAAUAUAUUAACACCGGCAACAUAAAAAUGAAGUGUACAAAAGUAAAAAAUCCGUGUAAAAUAUGUUUUCAAUCUGUUAGUAAGAAAAAUGGAUUACAAUGUCAAGGAGCAUGCCAAAAAUGGGCGCAUUAUAAAUGUCUAAAUUAUACGCCUGGGAAAAUUCAAGACAUUAAGGCUGGUUUAAUAGAAAUUACUUGUCCAUGUCCAGACUGUAAUACAUCAACACCUAAGGAGAAAUUAGUUAACCCACCAUUUACAUGCACUAACACCAAAUGUCCAGCAAAUAAAUUGCCAGUCUGUACUUCUAAGGAUUGUCCGAGUAACCAGAAUCCUAUACCUAUGUAUCCUCCCCCACCUUUUGAAUAUAGUCCAAAGGCAUCACCAAUACCUCCUCCACCACCACAUGUUGAAUAUAGUCCAAAGGAAACACCAAUAUGUCCUCCAACACCACUAAAGUGUCCCGUUAAGAAAACCCAAUCUCCUCCCCCAAUUCAUACAAAGCGUAUCCAGCCGACGAGGGGCGCGCACACUUCAAAGUUAAAUCCACAUUUAAAUUACUCCCCGCCGACGACUCCUCCAAUUUGUAAGCCUAAAACCCUCGCCAAGCCAUGCCCUCCUCCAUUUUGCCCGUCGCAACAGUCAGUAAGUAAACAAAAAAGAAAAGUUGCUCACCAGGGCUGCACUCCCAAACAAUCGCAAUCUUAUUCGAAUUUAUCAAAUAAUUCGAUUUUUUCAGAUAAACAACAAUUGGAAAAUCUUCGUGGGGUUUCUUCGGAUUCUCAGGUGAAUGAUGAUGUGGAUCAAAAAAUGUUGUGCAUGGCAAUUGAAAAUUUGUGCACUACAGUGGGUGAACUUUCCCAUCAACUUAAAUAUCUCAUGUAUAAGAUGAAUCAAACCUGA